UUCCUCCUUCCAUGAAUUUAUACUUAAUAUAAGCUGUAUGCACGCACAAUAUUGUACUAGUUAUACAUAGUUAGUAGGUAUUAUAUCUAUUCGUACCUGAUUUAUCGUUAUUUCCGAAUCUGCGGUAAGGGGGAGAAGGCGCUCUUCAAGCUCCAUUGAUUUCAAUUGAUGACACUUAACUUUCCUCAGGGGGGGCAACUGCAUAAGCACCUAGGAAGGUACCUAGAAGCAUUAGGCACCUCAUACCUCUAUGCACCUACCCUUUUACGCCGCUUAACAAAGCUUUAGACUACGGUUUACAUCAUCUUACAACUCGCGACGCUCAACUUGCGACUACUUACGGUUUACAUACCUGCAACUACAACUACAUACUUGCAAUUUCAUACCUAGCACCUUAACACAUUAACACAUUAACACCUUUGUAACAGCUAUAUCGCAAUAGCUCUUAUCAACCUUUAGUAUAACUAGGUCAUAUCGUAUCCGUCAUUUGCCCGUUCCUAUAAAGAAAAGAGGGUUCCAACCUAUGCGAUUGGAACCCUCUUCUGACCCAGCCUUACAAUAUGGCCCCUUUUAAUAGCAAACAAUUGUUCGAGUGAGCUGCUCUCGUCUAAACCACCUUACCCCCGUCUUUCCACGCCUACCUUGAGCCAUUUAUCUUCACUAGUGUCUAUGCUAACCCUUUUUCUUUUCUUUUUUUAAAAAAGUAAUGCUCGUUCCAAGUUGAAGCAUUCUCAUCGAAUGCAGGAUAUCUUGAAGAUGUUAUCCAUGAAGCGUCGGAAGAGUCGCAUUAACGAUGUAGGGGAUUCCAAUGAUGUCGUUGACAAUGAUGACCAGUCAUCUAUCGGCAACCCUGUCAGCCCUGCUGACUCGAGCGCCGCAAUGACUGGUAUCGGCGAUUCGAACAACAAUUCCUUGGCGCUCAACCCUGGUGCAACCCAGUCGCCCGGUGAAGGUCGAUCUCGGCAUAAGGUUUCAGGCUUAUUACUUCUUCCCCAGGAACUGUUUGACAACAUAACUAGCUACCUCAGCCACGCCAACAUAAUAUGUCUAGCUCUGGUCAACAAGGAAUUAAUGGGCCGUUUCUUGCAUUCGUGCCGAGUGCUUGAGCUGCUGGACCCCGACGAAUCUCCUUACAAAGCGCUAAACGCCUUUAUCAAGAAAGCAGAUGGUUCUAGGACUAAGAUCCGGGGGUCGCUUCUCAGCCUGCUGGACUACGAUUUGUUAGACCUUGUCUACUGCUAUAAGUGCAAGAAGCUCCACGAUCCGUUCUUGACCUUCAAAGACCGUGUUUUUGCACCAUGGAAAGCGGCCAGAUGUACUGACUGGACUAUGGACCAUCAUAUGCCUUCGCGUGCAACUAGAAAGUUACUCCGUACUAUCACAAAACGUCGGAUUCAUGGUGUUGAAUAUAGACAUCUCUUACAGCAGGUCAACAAUACACAGACAUCUUAUCAAAAGGGGUUCAUGGUCCAAUGUUCCUUGAGGAUGAGGUAUCGUGACGACGAUUUACUCCUCAGACGACAACAAGUCGUCUCUUCUAUCGACAAGUCAGCGUUGACGUUAUGGUUGUUCGGUCAGAUACUACGAAACCCACCUCAUCAUAAUCAUUGGGCUAUACCAUUGCCCAAGGUCCACCCGAUAUGCAACCAUCAUACCUGGUAUCCAUACUACGCACAGAUGGUACAGCAAUGGAUCGAACCCCUCUGCACGACAGAUCAUAGCGCUGCAGCUGAGGUACACCAUUCACCAUCUUGUUUUAAUAGCGACCCAUUCGACGUAUCAAAACAGGAAGGGCACAUUAUUUACGAAAGACUGAAAUGGUUAUCGUCUGGAGCUAAACAAAAUCCUACGAAUGUACCUAUGCUUCUAGGAAACGUUCUAGGCUGCAAUAGAUGCACGACCGAUUAUAGUAUCGAUCUCACCCGCCUGCCGGAACCUUUCGGCUGGGGGUUUAUCCUGACAACCUGGCUAGAUCUCGGUAAAAUUGACUUCUGCAAUAAAUGGGACAGCCACAGAGAUGCACGGCCGUUCCGAGAGAUCAAACGGGACUAUACAUGCGGAGAGAUAUGCGAAAGAUUCGAAGACCUCGCCUCUUGGCGUGACCAUCGGCCUCAGAUCAGCGAACUUAAUAUGGAGAGGAUGCAAAACUACGGAUGGAGUGAGAGGGUAAUGAGUGGGAAAGAGAGAUACGACAGCUGGUCUUCGGGGCAUUCGUGCAAUCCGGCAACGGGUCGAAUAGAGGAUCCGGAUCCGUUGGAUGAAGCAGAUUAUUAAUGAGAGGAUAACCACACUUAGGUUAUUAUAACGACGACCCGGGGAUAGCAUGUUUCCUAACUGAUUUUAAUCUCGAUACAGCGAGAUUUAUAUACGCAUGGUCAGGCGUUUGAAGGUCACGAAAGGUUUUUACAUCAACAGGGAACUAAUGAAGUAAUGCAUGGAGUCUACAGGUCUGCAUGAUAAUCAACAUGUGAUUUAUUAG